AUGCUGGUCUCAAGCUUUCAUCGCUAUCAAGUAUGCUUUCUUUUGAUGUUUGUGAAGCUCGGUGCAGGCCUAAGAGUUGACCGACGUCAAGACUCAAACGUUGCUUUCAAUUCUUCAUCAAUAUCUACGGAGUCAAGCUCAACCUCCUCGUCUUCGUCCCCGAGCUCAACCACGUCUUCAUCGAGCGCGUCGUCGACUUUAGAGCUAACAGUAAUUCAAGAGGUCACUGCAAAUGUCAUCCCAGUGGAACUGAAAAUCUCUUCGACUUCGUCGGUUGCCGCUCUUGCUAAUAGGCCUCUGGAUAACGUCGAUUCGGACGCAAGGAAGGCGUCGACGACAACUUCGUCUGAGUCAUCAAGCGAUGCUUCGCAAAGCACGUCAGAUAACAAAGACCGUACCUCAACAAGCCAACCAAGUUCCUCAACAUCUGGAUCAACUACCUCAACAAGCGCGGGUCGCGUAAAAACACCCACAAGCAGCGAUCUGGCAACUAUCACUACUGCUCCUGAGCCCAACUGGCACGAUUGGGCUAUCUUUCCUUGGGGUAAUCAUCCUCAAUGGAAUGGCUAUCCGUGGGGGAACUCUACAAUACCCAUCAACACUUGUUGGCACGAUGGGUAUCCAGGUAAAGAUGAUAGUCCCUGGUGGCCAGGAUGUCACGUCAACGCCUGGGAGGUCAUUGUCUCAUACUUCCCGAAACAAAAGGGAAAUCUUACGUACCCCACUACACAAUACGUCCCGGAUUUAGGAAUUACAAUGUCAUCGCCAUCAAUAUAUCUCAUUCUUAAAACUAUAGAAGCGACCAAUGGCUGUGGGCGUUUGGGUCCUACUUACGCUAACCGGGUUGUGGAGAUGGCGCCGGAGUCUGUUUCGACUCUUCAGCUGUACGACAACGUGUCUGCACAAAGCAUGAUCGGUGAACCCCGCAUGCUGGAUGUUGACGAUAUUGCUACCGGUUGCGAUCAUGCCGCUUUCAUAGGGAGUACUCUUACCACCGGAAAGGACUGGACUAAACGUCCAAUGGCGUCCGACAGUUUCAACCGGUGUAGUCCUCGAAUUUCGUGGCCACCACAGAUUAAAUCACUGGGCUAUAAAUACUGGGAACAUUGCAUGAUAUCGAACGAGGAGUAUGGCUUGUUUGACCCUCCUGGAGCUGUACCACCAAUUACUGGCGGUCUUCUUCCCUCCCCUCUACCUCCAGCUCCUGCUCCGAUCCCAUCAACGGUUCCAGCAGCUCCAGCUCCAAGUAUCCCUCCACCAGUCGUAGUUCCAACUCCGACACCUACUCCAUCAUUGGCUCCAACUCCAGACCCUAGUCCAGCACCGUCUGUCGCUGACCCACCUCCUCCGCCUGUUCAGAACACGCCACAGCCACCAGUUGCGACUCAGGAACCACCGAAUACAACACCUGUUCCCCCUACACCUGUAUUGCCACCUCAACCAUCGUCCGUCGAAGUCGUUACAACAGUAAACAAUGACCCAAAUAGCGGCCAACCACAACCUCCAAACGUCGUGCUUCCAAACGGGUCUACGGCAAGUUUAGGAGUACAAGUUACCCUUUCCAGUGGUUUUGACAAGCCUGUAGUAGUAUCUGUAGGCCCUACGGCUAUAUUUGUCGAAAGUGACAAUGUUGUCAACACGGCCAAUGUAAACCCACCAGGUCCAGGGAUAGUCACACCGACUCCUGUUCCGAACAAUCCUCCAGAUACAAUAAAUCCUGUAGCUAUUGCUACAGUUGCAGGAGCCACCAUAUCUGCUGCUCCUGCAGCUUCGACAAUUUUAUUUCAGUCUCAAACGCUCGAAUUGGGUGGACCAGCAAUCACAAUGGAAGGGACAAAUGUCGUUGCAACUUUUGGAAGCCAAGGAUUGGUAGUCCAAAGUGCUGGGGGGGCUGUAUCAUCUUACACUUUACCAGUUGCUGGGCCCGCAGUCACAGGGUCUAUUAUUGGGACAGUCCAUGGUAGCGCUCUCACAGUUGCGGCAUCAGGGAGCCUGGUCAUCGUCGGAACUGAAGCUUUAGUAUUGAACGGACCACGAGUGACUCUGUCAAGCAACGAGGUAUUGAGUUUGGGCUCGGACGGUGUGGUUGUGCAGGUUCCGGGCGGAGGCGUGGAGACAUUCACGUUGCCUAAAGUAGGAAGCACGACGAGUUCAUCAACCAGCUCUGCAGGACCUGGUGUGCUUAUAGCCAACACAGCAGCGAUGACGGCCUCCAGCACAUCAACAACCCCCAGCAGCGUGGCUCAAACUGUCGAUAACCUCGUUCAGCCUACGAAUGGAGCAGCUCAUACGGAAAACACUCUGAUAUUCGUCACUGGCGUAAUAGUCCACUCUACCAGUGUUAUUGCUCAACAGAGCUUAACUAAUACCUCAAUCUCAUUGUCAUCGAAUACAACGGUCGCUUCACCCAGCAUCUCUCGGUCAGUCAUCAUCGGAGUGCCAGUAACAAGAUCUUCUUCCACCACCCCUCUGUCCAUCGCUCCACCCAGUACAUCCUCAACUCCGCCCCCGAAAACAGCAGCACCGGGCAACGGAAACAUACUAGGCAUCCCACCAACAAGCGCUGCUUCAACCUACCUGCUAUCUUGUAAGAGUAUAAUGGCUUUGUUCGCUGGAAUCAGCGUCGGCGUACCAAAAACUUAA